AUGGCGUCGUUCACGCGCGUCGUCGACGGGGGGGACGAGGAGGCGCCCUGGCCGUCGGAGGCGCGGGAGGCGCAGCUCCUCGCGAAGCUCCGGGAGAACAUCGACACGGUCAUCAUCCCGACGAACGGCGGGCGCCUCCUCGAGCCCAUGUCCGACGAGCGGCUCAUGCGCUUCCUCGGGGCGCGGAAGCACGACGUCGCCGAGGCGGCGCGGCUCUACCGGGACUACUGGAAGUGCCGCGUGGCCACGUUCGGCGCCGAGCGCCUCGACGCGUGCGACGGCGACGACGGCUUCCUCCGGCUCCUCUGCGACGACGCGCGCGACGCCAAGGGCCGGCCGCGGCUGCUCCUCGACCUCGCGCGCCUGGACCUCGGCGACGACCUGCUCGACGCGCCGGGGAAGAUGGCGCCGCUCCUGGGGCGCGUGUGGUCGGUCGUCGACGCCGCGCUCGGCCGGGGCCGCGAGGCCGUGCAGCACGGCCUCGUGCUCCAGGUCGACGCGCGGCGCGCGGCGCCCCAGCGCCACCUGCGGCCCCGGCGCAUCCAGGCCUUCCUCGACGCGCUCGUGGGCGUCUACCCGGCGCGGCUCGCGCGCAUCGAGGUCGUCGGCGCGCCGGGCUGGCUCGCGCAGUCGUGGCUCGCGCUCGGCCCGCUGCUCAAGCGGAAGACGGCGUCGCGCGCCGCGGUCUACUCCGUCGACGAGGCGCGCGCGGAGCUCGGCGCCGGCGCCGUCGCGGCCUUCGACGCGGACGUCGGCGCCGGCGAGCUCGAGGCGGGCGUCGCGCUCGUCGACCUCGGGGGCGCCGCGGAGCUCGAGGGCAUCACCGUGCCCGACGCCGACGACGCGCCGACGGCGCCGACGACCGCGCGCCGCGCGCCCGCGGCCCCGGAGACCGUCUCGCGGGACCGCGUCGACGCCAUCGUCGCGGAGCUCAACGCGGGCCACGUGCCCGAGCCGCCGGACAUCCUCGACUGGACCGAGGACGCCGCCUUCAUGUACUACGCGACGGACGGCGAGGUCAAACCGGGGCCGGCCGGGGGCGCCCUCCAGAACCCCGUCGCCAACCCGCCGAACCGCCGCUGCUCCGGCUGCAUCGGCCGCCAGCGCAUGCAGCGCGACCUGAAGGUCGCGCUGCCGAAGAGGAAGCCGCUGUCGGCCGCGCGCCUCUGGGAGAAAUGCUGCACGCACUUUGGGAUCGAUGGCGACCGCUUCGAGCUCCAGAGCGAUGGCGCGCCAAUCUCCGGAGACGUCGAGUCGCGCGCUAUGCUCGCGAUCGCAAAACCGAAGACGCGCGCCGUCGCCGCGCCGCCGCCAGCCCCGGAGCCCGCGGCCGCGCCGUCGUCGUCGGAGCGCCGCGUCUUCCCCUUUGAGCCCGCGGGCGCGGGCGUCGCCAUCGGCCACGACGCGUACUUUGGCCACAUCCUCGUCGCGGCGCGCGACUUCGCGCCCGGCGACCUCGUGCUCGACGAGGCGCCGCUCAUGACGUGGCGCCGGUCGCGGGACCUGUCGACGGGCGACUUCUACGAGUACCUGGACGCCUUCGCCGCGGCGCCGGACGCGUCGAAGGAUCUCAUCCUCGAGAUGUGGGCGCCGCCGCUCGACGGGACCGACGCGUCGACCCAGACGGCGCGCCAGCUCGCCGCGGAGCUCGCGCGCGCGCGGCCGGAGUUCGACCUCGGCCUCGCGCACCGCCUCGUGCUCAUCCACACGACGAACGCGCACGAGACGCGCGACGCGACGGGCGGCGAGCGCGGCGCCCUCUUCCACGUCGCGUCGAAGGUGUCGCACAGCUGCGCGCCGAACGCGACGUUCGCGACGCGCGGCGCGCGCCUCAACUACCGCUGCAUCCGGCCGAUCAAGGCCGGCGAGCAGGUGACCUUCUCCUACGUCGGCCACGACGCGUGGCGCCAGCGGCGCGAGGAGCGGCGCGCGACGCUCAAGCAGCGCUACUUCUUCACGUGCCGCUGCGACCACUGCGCGGGGCCGGACCCGUGCCGCGCGCUCCUGGGCCGCGGCGGCGGCGUCGCCCGGCCGCGGGCCGACGGCGUCUGGGUCGGCGGCGACGUCGCCGAGCGGCUCCCCGCGGAGGCGGCGAUCCGCGCCGACGUCGAGGCGGCGGCCGCGAAGCUCGCGACGCUGUCGGAGAAUCCCGGCGGCGCCUGGUGGACGUCGCCGGACGGCGAGCCCGAGCCCUACGCGGAGCUCGCGAGGCGCGCGGCCUACGCGCUGUCUCCGGCGCACGCGCUCGUCGCCGACGCGCUCCAUUCCCUGGCGCAGAUCCACUUCUGGACCUGCGAGGCGCUCGAGGACUACGCGCCGUCGGAUUCGGGCCCGCCGCCGCCGAAAGGGACCGCGAACGAAGCGCGGUACGCGUGCUGCCGGGCCAUGCUCGAGGCGAGCGCGGUCUGCGAGAGCAUCGCGGCGGAUUGCCCCGACGGCGCCGCGUGCGGCAGAGUGCUGGAACCGCUGCCCGAGGCGCUGAACCUCGCGUGGACGGCCGCCGAGGAGCUGACGAAGCUGCCCCGGGAGUUCGAGAACGUUUCGGCGCUCCUCGCGUUCGCGAGCAAGUACGUCCCGCUCUUCGAGAUCGCCCACGGCGCCGACGACGCGGCCGUGAAAGCCUUCGCGGCUCGGGCGGCCGGCCUGCGCGUGCCCCCGGCGCGCGACGUCUUCGCCCCGGAGCCGCGCGCGCGCCGCUGCGACGUCUGCGGCGCCGCGGGGAAGCUCCUCGCCUGCUCGCUGUGCAAGGACCGCCAGUACUGCUCCCGCGCCCACCAGCGCCUCGCCUGGCCGGCGCACAAGAAAGCGUGCCGACAGCAGCCUAGCCCCGCUUAA